AUGUUUACAUGCAUAGCAUGUACGAAGCAAACGGAGGAGGACGGAGGAGGAGAGCGUGGGAGUGGCACCCCAAGUACAAAAGAAGCCGUCAAAAGCCUGACCACCCAGAUCAAGGAUAUGGCAUUGAAAUUCUCUGGUGCUUACAAGCAAUGCAAACCAUGCACAGGAUCAAGCAGUAGCUUCAAGAAGGGGCAAAGGAGACCUUACCCUGAUUUUGACACUGCUUCUGAAGGGGUUCCAUACUCUUAUAUGGGAGCUGCAAGCUCAAGUUCUACUCCUGCUUGGGACUUCACCUCUAAUCAUCAACUUGGUGCAAGAACAGACUCAAGAUUCACGCGGCCAUAUGGUGGUGGUGGUGAUCAGACUCGAGAUUCAACAUGUGAUGUUGUAUUAGAGGAUGAGGAUGAGCCCAAGGAGUGGAUGGCACAGGUUGAACCAGGAGUGCACAUCACUUUUGUGUCGCUUCCUAAUGGUGGAAAUGAUCUUAAACGAAUUCGCUUCAGCCGAGAGAUGUUUAACAAAUGGCAAGCUCAGCGAUGGUGGGGCGAGAAUUAUGACCGCAUAAUGGAGCUCUACAAUGUCCAGAGAUUCAACCGGCAAGCUCUUCACACUCCACCAAGGUCUGAAGAUGAGCCACCAAGAGAAUCUUUUUACUCAAGGAUGGACUCUGCUAGGGAAAGCCCUAUGGUUCCAACAAACUGGACACCACGACACCACUAUAAACCCUCUGGAGCUGGAAGCGGUGGAUACUUCCCAUCUGACGGUCAUCAGUACAAUGCAGGUGGAUCUAUUGAUGCUUCGCGAACAACAACCUCAUCUAGAGAUGAAGCUUCAGUCUCUAUUAGCAAUGCUAGUGAUGUGGAGUCAGAAUGGGUUGAACAGGAUGAGCCUGGGGUCUAUAUCACCAUUCGACAGCUAGCCGACGGCACUAGGGAGCUCCGGCGUGUUAGGUUCAGUCGCGAAAGGUUCGGGGAGAGGAACGCGAAGACAUGGUGGGAAGAAAACCGAGAGAGAAUACAAGCUCAAUACCUUUAA